AUGGAUCUCAGGAACUUGAUCAACGAUGACGCCGAUCGGAGGCGACCGGCUGCCGCUGCUGCCGCCGGUCCUCCUCCCAUUCCUCCUCAACCGCAUGCGAUGAAGCAUCAGCAACCGCCGUAUCCUCCUCAUCUUCAGCAACAUCCCCAGCAACAUCCUCAGCAGCACCCGCAACAACAUCCCCAGUCGCAUCCGCAACAUUCUCAGCAUCACCCGCAACAACAGACUCCAACUACUCCGUCGCAGUCUACCACCUCGUAUGCCUUUAGAGAAUCUGCCUACAGCCAUGCGCUGCAUUCGUCUCCGGGCAAGCCUCCGGCCCCUCAGGAGUACGCCGUCCAUCCCCAAGCCGCAAAUCAGGCGUAUCCUCCACAGUCGCCUUAUCAGACCCCGGGUCCCUAUCCCGGCCGCCCGGCGCCGCCUCCGCUCCAGGCUGGCACUCCCGGCCCGUACGCCGAUGUAAGAUCUCCCCAGAGCGCCUCCAUGCCCGCCCCGUCCCCGUAUCGUCAGACCCCGACGUCCUCGGUGAGCGGCCCUGGCGGUGGCUAUCCCUUCCCUCCGACCGGCCCGCCUCAAGAGGUCGCCAGUCCUGUGCAACGGCACCAAUAUCCACCAUCCAACGCGUACCCCCCGAGAGACAGCUACUCUCAUCCGGCUGGUGCAACCGCGCCUCCUUAUCCUCCGCAGCCGCAACAGCAACAGCAGCCUCAUCCGCAACAACAGAUGCAGCAGCAGCAGCCUCAGCACAUGCCGCAGACGCCGCCCAUCGGCACCCCCGGUGGCGCUCAUCCGUAUCUACACCAACGCUCGCAGUCGACACAUUCAACUCCUACGCCCACCUCUGCCCACAGCCAGCAACAACAUCCGCAACAUCACGGUCAGCCUUUUCCUCACAGCAGUCCUGUGGCGACGGCGCACCCGCCGCCCGAGUACAACCGACAGCAGUCACAACCUCCUACCCCACUGGGCCCGCCCCAGACCGGGCCUCGUCAAUCUUCCUCUGCACCGAGCUUUGCGCAACCACAAAGUCCCUAUCAACAAAGACUUUCCGCCUCGCACCUCGCCCAAGCUACGCCACCGCCUCCUCCGCCUCGCAUGCCCAGCUCCCACGGCACUCAAGAUCGAAGAUCCCUGUCGCAGAGCGUGCACAGUGAACGCGACAGAAGCGUUAGCGUGAGCCCCAAGACCAGGGUGCCGAGUUUGCCGAGCAGCGUCGGCGGCCACACCGAACCCGAACAGCGACCACAGCCGAGUGUCGUCAACAUGGUGGAACCCGAACGCGAACGCGCCGCGACGCCCGCGAAAAGAAAGCUCGCCGAUCGAGAUUUGAGCCCCCGAGAACUCGAGAGGAAGGAGCCACGGCCACCUCCUGGAGAAGUCAAUGGCGGUCCUACCAUUGCGCGCUCCCCGGUCAUCCAGCGAAAGAAGACGAUACACACGGCGCCUCCCGUCUGGGCGCAGACAUGGAACUCGCGGGAAAACAAGAGAUUGAAGCAAGCCAACUUCGAGCUGCAAAAACGAGGACCGCCCCAUAUCAACGGAAAGCACGAGGCAAAGACGGAGAGCAACAGCAGCCGCCAUGCAUCGCCAGAGGCUGCGCGAUCUGUCCCUCCGCCGGCGGUGCAAGAACCAAGGCCCGAACACCACCUGGGCGCUUGGGAAGAAAGCAUCCUCGGAACUCGCCCGUACGAGGAAUUGUCGAAGACGGUGGCCGAUUUCUUCUUCCAGAACGUGGUGCUUCACCCCGACUCUGGUGAGAUCAUCACCCGUGGCGUACAAUUCGAAAUUGAAGCCAAGAUGGGCCAGCUCAUCGACAGGGACACAAACGAGCGUGUCCAGAGGGCCAUUGGCACGGAAUGCGUUCUUCAUGAUAACGGCCGCCUGGCAUUCAAGAGCAGCAUGACCGAAGCUCAACACAAGGGUCUCAACGAGUUCCUCAAUACCUUGGUCGUUCAGACAGACCCGCGAAAUCCAAACGCACGCGGCCGAGUACAAAUACAGUAUAAACAUCGUCGAGAAACCGAUAAGUUCUUUGAGCUGCCCUUAUCGAUGCACGCCCGCCUCCCGUCAUGCGUUCGUGCCCUUCUUCCGCCUAGGCGGCCGAUCAAGGUUCGCGUCACGUACGACAUGAAGACACGGGAGGUUUUAGCCAAGAUUGUCAAGGCCAGGGUCGCCGACCUCCAUCUUCAUCUGCCUACAUGUCCGCUGGACUGCCGCAUCAGCAUCAAUUUGGAAAUGGCAUGGGACGGAUCGGUAGAGGAACUGGAACGCGUGGCCGUGAGUCACGAACAGAAGUUUCCUGAUCGCAACAAGGACCGACUGAGCUACAAACAAAACCACUACCAGGUCGACUUGACGCAGGUGACGCAGGUGUUGCCUGGGCCUGGAAACACCCAGCGUACCGACAAGGAACACGAACUCGAAAUCGAACUUGCACCGGAGAUCCUUAUCGACCAACAGCGCCGUGCCAUGAGAAACGAGCCUCAUUCAUACCCACAGCUGGUGGAGGGAUUCAUCGACAAUGUGCGUGUGCUGGCCCGCCGGAGUCGCGAUUUUGUGUAA